UGUUCAGAGAACUGUGUGUCCUUCCGGUUUAGGAAAAAUUGAGAGGCGUUCAGUCGACUGUCACUUGGAAUAUCUUGUUUAUCACCAUGUUUGCUAUGAUUCAAAAGAUAUUGGACUGGUUCAAAAGUCUCUUCUGGAAAGAAGAGAUGGAACUAACACUUGUAGGCUUACAGUAUUCUGGUAAAACUACAUUUGUAAACGUAAUAGCGUCAGGCCAGUUCAGUGAAGACAUGAUUCCCACAGUUGGGUUCAACAUGAGGAAGAUUACCAAAGGGAACGUCACAAUCAAGUUGUGGGAUAUUGGUGGCCAGCCCAGAUUUCGAAGCAUGUGGGAGAGAUACUGCAGAGGAGUCAAUGCCAUUGUGUACAUGGUGGAUGCUGCGGAUCAUGACAAGCUGGAGGCUUCAAGGAACGAGCUGCACAAUCUGCUGGACAAGCCCCAGCUUCAGGGCAUCCCAGUACUGGUGCUGGGCAACAAGCGGGACCUGGCAGGGGCAUUAGACGAGAAGGAACUCAUUGAGAGGAUGAAUCUGUCGGCAAUCCAAGAUAGAGAAAUCUGUUGUUACUCUAUAUCUUGCAAAGAAAAGGAAAAUAUAGACAUCACAUUGCAGUGGCUAAUCCAGCAUUCCAAGUCAGGUCAUUAAGAUGGGACCCCCACAGACCAGACUAUGUAUGAGUGACUGCAGUCAAGGUUUGAUAGUGAACGAUUGGAUUUGUAUGAGAAGUGUCUAAGUAUUCCGAGGACAGUCUACCACUGUCACAUGACGCACGGUCACCGCCAAGUCCCUGACAACACCAGCGACUGCUUCCUCGACAGCUGGCCACAUCAUCGACGUCGGUAGUGACAGUUCUACUUCUCCUUGUCUGUCCUGUGUUUUUGAGAUGACUGUUGUUUCAUGAGCUCAUGAGCCUCACUGCAGUGUAAAGCUGAACAAAGAAAUAUAGCCCAUCCGUGUUGCUGCUUUGGUUCAGUAUCAAGCACCUUCAACCUGUAUAUAGUUCUUAUUAACCCAAGUCGGGAACCAUCUAUAACAGAACACAUAUUUAGGCUGAAACAAUACACUGUUCAUUAUCAUGAUGCAAUAUAUAUCAUCAUGAUCAUGAUAUCAUUUUCAGAAUAUCAUGUCAUGAAUGUAUUCUUAUUUGGAAAGAGGGAAAAUUGUUUUCUAAUAUCAAGUUUUGAUGUCAAGUGUUCAUGUAUCUGAAGGCAAAUACAUGACUGAAUAUUAUACUCCAUUGGAAGAAGCGAAAAUGUCGGCCAGUACCAGUUUGUGGACUAUCUGAUGGUGCAGAUAAUUUAAACAAAUUUGGAAAUAAUAUGUAUGGAUACUGAUUGAAUUGUGUCAUGUUGAUAUAUCAAAAUGAACAAGCCGAGCAGUGAAUCGUUUCAGCCUCAAAACAUAUUUUAGAAUUAAAAUUAUUUGCAAAUUAAAAUAAAAGACAAAAUAAUGUCCAUAUUUCACAAUAAAGGUACCCUUGGGAAUACAUUGUAACGUUGACAUCUAAGGACUGUGUUAUGGUAUGGAAAUGUCGGAGACUGUCUGGGUUGGUUUUUGUUUUGUAUUAUGUCAAUGUAGGUUGAUAAUUGCUAAAUAAUAGAUCAUGUAACCUUUUGUUCUCUGUGCUUGUAUGGGUCCACGAUGAUACUAUUGGAAUGACAACUAGAAUAAGUCAUGGUCAGAUCAUAUUUUGAUAGAUAAUAGGAUUUCUCAAAAGCACAUGGUAUUUUACUUGAUUUUGUGCUGUAUGAUGUAAAUCAAAUUAUGAAAUAUCUCCACUUUGUUCGUGUUAGAAUUUAGUGCUUUGCAUAUUUAAAGAUGUCAGGUAUUCCAUAGUUUCAGUUGAAUGCGAAUUGAGUGUUUUGGGUUAGACUUUUUGUACUUCUUACCUCAUUUCUACAGUAUGCAUGUUUAACAGUGUGAAAAGGUUUGUUCAGCUGCUGUCAAUAUCAGUGUGAUUCUAACACUCAAGCCUCCAGAUCUAGUGCUAUAGGGUAUCCGAUGUGCAAGAUCUAGUGCUAUAGGGUAUCCGAUGAGUAAGAUCUAGUGCUAUCCAAAUGGCAAGGGGAAACACCUUAAAUCCAACUAGGCCACAACUAUGUCCGGCUAGUUCUGCAUUGGGGCGAAUCAAAGAUUUACGCCUAUAACCCCUGCUUUAAAUGUUUAAACUUCUACCACAAAAACUGCUAGUCCUUACAAUCUGACCAGCAGUUAUGUUGCAUCAUGUUUGAGAUAAUUAUUCUCACAGCAGCGUGUAAACUUGCACACUUUCCAAUAGGAAUGAUUAAUAUUACAGAAAGAUGCAAUAGUUCAACAAUACUCACUUAUCUACAGCAUGGAGCUCACAGAGUUGUAAAUAUUCCAAUCAAGCAGUUUUCUACCGACAUAAAGACAUUAUAUAUUCUACUCAAAAGAAGUUAAAGAACACCCAACUCAUGCCAUGACACAUUAACUACAGUAAGAUGAAGGAAUCGGGUGUUCUUUGACUUCCUUUGAAUAGUACAUAUGUGUGCUGUUGUUCACUAGUGGAGUUUGUAUGGAUGUCAGACUUGGUGAUGUGGUAGGGAAUUACAUGGCAGUGAUCACACUCUGUAGACUGGUCUAGUAGACAGUGUCUAUAUUAACUUGAUAGACAUGUGAUAUUGUGUCAGUUAAUCAACAUGUGGCUCUUUGUAAACAAUAUUUAUUAGUUUUAGAGAUUUAUUGAAUAGGAAGUAACAAGUUACUUAUAACAUCCUUGCACAAGUAAUAUAUUGUGUAUUGAAACAUUCAAUUUGGUGUACAACUCCUGUCUUAAACAUGUGAUAUAAUCCACCACUAUUUAUUUUGUCAAUGAAAUUGUAGAUACAUCUCACAUCUUGAGCCCAGUCUUGGAUAGAUACAUGGAUGAUUUAAAGAAUAUGGUAGCUAAUUUAUUUUAGUAAUUGGGUGUAAUUAAGACAUGAUCAUAAUUGCAGCACAGGAGAUUAUUACUUAUCAUAAAUAGCUCCAUGUUAUUAAAGAUGCAUACUAGCUUUUAUUUAUCGAUGUGAGACUAGAAGUUCUUGUAUGGUGUUUUAAAUUCUUGAAAUGGUGGUACAAAUUAUGAGUUAAAACACUGUGUCUUAAUGAUAAAUGGUGUCUUUGAUUGGUGUUUGAUAUCAAACUGGAAUUUGAAAUGUUGUAUAUUUAUUUCUAACAUCACUUUUCCAUUAUGAAGUGUAUUUACUUAUGUGUUGUAAUUUUCUGUUUUGAAAGAUCAGUUUUCAAAACGGACACUUGUUUAUUGAAAACAUGUUCGAUUUAUCACUGAAACAGCUUUCUGUUUAUCUAAUGUUGUAAAUAUGACAGCAGUUAGUCAUUCACAAUUGAUGUCCCAAUAGCCAACUAGGACUGAACUGUGUUGACCUACGUAAUAACAUAUAUGAGAAAACAGCUGUAUGUAUACAUUUUGUUAAAGGGAGAUAACUCAUGAAGUCCUAUUUUCUGGCCCAAAUGAUAUUGUUCUAUAUAUAUUAAUGGUAAUGGUGUCUGUUAAAUGUGACAAUAUAUUGAUCCUGACAGUGUGCUUCAACAGACAAGAUAGCUCAACUACCAAUACCCACCUUAUCUGGUUAAUCUACCCAUGUUCUUAACAGUUAAAAAGAUCUUGAUCAUGCAUUAUCACUCUGAUCCUUUUCUUAUAGUGUAUUUGUGUGUACCAUUGCUUAACAUUUGUAACAAAUUGUGCUAUUUCUGCCAAUGAUUGAUAAAUUUCAAAGUUCAUUACUGACCAGGGCUGGUUUCGCAAAGAGAUCUUAGCGCUAUGAUUGUCAUAAGUCUUCAGUCGCUUUGUGAAACCAGGCCCAGCUCUCUUUAUUGAUAAUGGACAUGCAGUGUUCACACUUUAAGCAGAUUGUUAUGAGCUUUGAGCUUACUUACUUAUUGUCAUAUUUCUGCUGUUGAAGUAUGUUGCUGCCACUGCAUUCCUGAUAACCGGGUGUCUCCAAGUGACAGAAGCUACAGUAAAAUCUGCUUGAUAUGCUCAGUAUUAUAUGAUCGGGUGCCUCCUGUCUGUCAGCUUUUCUAUUGGUAGGCUUUUGUUGAAUAUGAACAAUCUGAGAUCUCAAGGGGAGACCUUUCUCAUUACAAUAACGAAGUCUGUAAUCAAUAUUGAAUAGUACCAUGCCCACAGCUUUGAAAGUAGUUGUUUCGCCACCCACUUUUGUAACCCGUUUACAUGGAUAGUUAAAGAAAACAUCUUCCUAUAUGGCUUGUUUUUUUUAUUAGCAUGAGUUUUGAAGAAGGGGGAUGGUGCAGACUCUCUGCCCAAGACACAAAGUGACCCAAGACACGAUAGGUUCGCAUGUUAGGUGUCUGAAAAAGGCUGAUGGCAGUGACUGAUAGAUCCAUAGAGGUAACAUUUAAAAGAGUGUCGCUUAAGUUGCAAGCUGAUUUUUCUGUAUAUUUGUUGUCAUGGCGAGGUGGCUGGGACUUUGUGUGUACAUACUGCAACUGUACAUUGUCAGUUUUAUGCACACUAUGAUCUAUAUUAUAGCAGACAUCAUGUCUUUUCGAUGAUUGAGGUUGUCCAGUGUAUCGCUUCAUUUAUUUCGUCAUUAAAUAUGUUAACACUGUGAA